CCGAAAGCAAUAUUGAAAUUGAACUCUGCGCCUCUCUCCAAUGACAGGGUUCAGGGCCGCCUCCCGUGCUCUCGCAUGCCUAACCCGAUCAAUCUCGGCGCGACCGUUGAGCAGCCCCAAGUGCAUGAGCAACGUCCCGGAAAGCACCGUCUACGGCGGACCCAAGCCCCAGAACCCCGAGCAAAGGAUCACUCUCACCCACCUGCGCCAGAAGUACCGCAGGGGCGAACCCAUCACAAUGGUCACUGCCUACGAUUAUCCCUCCGCCGUUCACCUGGACACCGCUGGAAUAGAUAUCUGCCUGGUCGGAGACUCUGCUUCCAUGGUGGUUCACGGCCACGACACCACUCUGCCCAUCACAAUCGAUGAAAUGCUCGUCCACUGCCGCGCCGUCGCUCGCUGCGCCAAGCGGCCGUUGCUCGUCGGGGACCUCCCGUUCGGCUCCUACGAGUCGAGUACUAGUCAGGCAGUGGAUACUGCAGUUAGGAUUCUGAAAGAAGGAGGAAUGGAUGCGAUUAAAUUGGAAGGUGGGUCACCAUCAAGAAUCACAGCAGCUAAAGCAAUUGUGGAAGCUGGAAUUGCUGUGAUGGGGCAUGUGGGGCUUACUCCUCAAGCAAUCAGUGUCCUUGGAGGAUUUAGGCCUCAAGGCAAGAAUGUUGCUAGUGCCGUCAAGGUUGUAGAAACUGCACUGGCUUUGCAGGAAGCUGGGUGUUUUUCUGUUGUUUUGGAAUGUGUUCCGGCGCCUGUUGCUGCUGCUGCAACAUCUGCUCUUAAGAUUCCCACAAUUGGCAUUGGGGCUGGGUCUUUCUGUGGUGGCCAGAAAGUUGGAACUGUUAGUAGCAUCGUUAGAGAAAACCAGAACUGCAACAAAUAUCAUCUCUUGCUGGCACUUCUUGAAUAUGGUUGGAGCCUCCCACUGUGCAACAGAUCCCGUAACUCUUAUCUCCAGGAGUCAACCUAGCUCGGAUUUGAUCCCUUUGCACCAACUGAAAGGAAGCAAGUACUUCUUGACCUCAAGCCUGGAUGCCCAUUCUAUAACAGUGUAUAUAGAUAUUUUCAUUAUGAAUAUUUUAUGCAAAUCUUUUGAACUUCUUAAUUGAUGAAUGCUGUUUGGGAUGUCCUCCUAAUUUAUAAAUGUCUUUUGGAGUUCCUAGUUAAUGUAUAAUUUUUCUAAUUAUUUUACGUCUUUUGGCUGGGGAAGCCUAUUGGGUUUCUAACUCAUUAAUGUACUUAGUUUAAAUCAUUUUCCAACAUCUUUCUUCAGUUUUUUGCUAAUUGAUAAUUCUCAUUCAACACUUCAAAUUUGUAAUGGUGUUGAUUUAAGAGAAGUAUUAUGUUGCCUAGGGCUGUACUCUCAACAUAUGUCACUGCUGAAUCAGUAAACUGAUAGUUUUGUAGCCGGCUAUUUUUAUAUUUGUUUUAAUCUUAUUUUUCAUGGAGGGUACAUUUAACAAGAUCUCGACAAAGUCAGUCUGAGAUCCUGUUUCCAAAUUCCGAUUGCC